AUGACCUGGGCAGCCAAAAAGGCGCCGGAGCCAGUCUACACCGACAUCGAAUCGCUACCUACGAUCUUGGCGCAACGAAGAAUCACCAACAUCCGCAAAAAGCAGCUCAUCAAAGCCGCUUCUCGAGCAUACGACGAUCCACCCCCUCCGCCGAAACCGGACGAAUGCUGCGGAAGCAGCUGCGAUCCAUGUGUAAAGACACUUUGGAAGGAAGAGUUGGCCUGCUGGAGGGAGAGAUGGGGUGAGGGUGCGUUGGAAUCAGAUGCGGUGGGGAAGAAAAAGGGGGAGGUGAAGGAGGAGAAGCAGAUGCCUGGCGCUUUUGAUUGGUAG